AUGGUUUCAUUUCCGCGUCAUAUUCAUUCGCUCGUAAGAGAUUACAUUUUGUCGCGUUUUGAAAUACGUACACUGCAUUUUCAAAGCUCAAAUUUUGCCAAAAACCUUUACGAAAAGCCAUUUUUAAUUAUUUUAGGCCCAGGACCAUCCUUUCCUAUUUUCCCCUCCCCCCCGUAAUUGCAUUUUCCCAUUGUUUUUCCCGCUCCGAAGCCCGUCCCAAUCUUAUGCUUUCUAAUGUUUUCGUGAAAAAAUCUUCAUAAUGUACAUCACAAAAAUGUCGCUUUUUUUUGCAGAAAAUGAUGCGUUUCGUGCACUUUCUCCUGCUUGUCGUGCUCAUCUCCGCCGUCGCGACUCUUCCGUUCUUCAAUUCGCCGACUGUCAGUUUUGCUACGAACACUUUUUGACAAACUCGUUGCGAAUUUCAGAGCCAAACGUACGGCGGUCAAUGGCGUCAAAUGUACACGGACACGGAGGAGGUCGACGCGCCGCAGAAUCCUCGUUACAUCAUGUCGAAUCGAAUGCGCGGAUGA